GGCCGGGGCGGCGGCGGCUCCGCGAUGGCGGCGGGCGCGGGGCUCCCGGUGAGGGGGGAACGGCGCGGAGCCCCCCCGAGGUGGCGGCCGGGGGUCGCCAUGGCCACGGACCGCAGGUGAGCCCAGGCCGGCCAUGGCCUCUCCGGCCGCCAGCCCGGACUCCUCGUCCCACGAGGGGCCCUCGGCCCCCGGAGGGUCCCCAACGUCCGACUCGGAGAACCUGAGCCCGGACGAGCUGGAGCUGCUGGCCAAGCUGGAGGAGCAGAACCGGCUGCUGGAGGCCGACUCCAAGUCGAUGCGCUCGGUGAACGGCUCGCGGCGCAACAGCGGCUCCUCGCUGGUGUCCAGCUCCUCGGCCUCGUCCAACCUCAGCCACCUGGAGGAGGACACCUGGAUCCUCUGGGGCCGCAUCGUCAACGAGUGGGAUGAGUGGAGGAAGAAGAAGGAGAAGCUGCUCAAGGAGCUGAUCCGGAAGGGGAUCCCGCACCAUUUCCGGGCCAUCGUGUGGCAGCUGCUGUGCAGCGCGGCCGAGCUGCCGCUCAAGGCGCAGUACUCGGAGCUGCUGCGGAUGUCGUCGCCCUGCGAGCGCCUGAUCCGCCGCGACAUCGCCCGCACCUACCCCGAGCACGACUUCUUCAAGGGCCAGGACAGCCUGGGCCAGGAGGUGCUCUUCAACGUCAUGAAGGCCUAUUCCCUGGUGGAUCGGGAGGUCGGAUACUGCCAGGGCAGCGCCUUCAUCGUGGGACUGCUGCUGAUGCAGAUGCCGGAGGAGGAGGCGUUCAGCGUCUUCGUGCGGCUGAUGCAGGAGUACCGGCUGCGCGAGCUCUUCAAGCCCAGCAUGGCCGAGCUGGGGCUCUGCAUUUACCAGUUCGAGUUCCUGCUGCAGGAGCAGCUGCCGGAGCUGAACGUGCACUUCCGCUCUCAGAGCUUCCUGACCUCCAUGUACGCCUCGUCCUGGUUCCUCACGCUCUUCCUCACCACCUUCCCCCUGCCCGUGGCCACGCGCGUCUUCGACAUCUUCAUGUACGAGGGGCUGGAGAUCGUGUUCCGUGUGGGGAUGGCCCUGCUCCAGUUCAACCAGGCCGAGCUGGUCCAGCUGGACAUGGAGGGGAUGUCCCAGUACUUCCAGAAGGUGAUCCCGCACCAGUUCGACUCGUGCCCGGACAAGCUCAUCCUGCGCGCCUGCCAGGUCAAGUACAACCCCAGGAAGAUGAAGAGGUGUGUCCCCAGCUCAGCAGGUGUGUCCCCAGGUGUGUCCCCAGCUCAGCAGGUGUGUCCCCAGGUGUGCGGGGGCCGCUGGAAGGAGCCGCGGGCGCUGCACGAGGCCGUGCUGGGGGUGCAGCUGCGCGAGAGCCAGGCCCAGGCGGAGCUGAGGGCGCUGAGACAGCGCGUGCUGCACCUGGAGACACAGGGCCGGAUCCAGCGCUCGGUUCUGGGCCGUGCCGAGCAGGCCUGUGCCGGGCUGAGGGAGCAGCUCCGCGCCGCGGCCGCCCAGAGCCAGGGGCUGCAGGCCCAGCUGAGCGAGAGCCACCGCAAACACGCCGAGGCGCAGUGCAAGCGGGAGGAGGGACGGCUGCAGGGCCAGCUGGAGCACUCGGACGCCGCGCAGUACAUCCGGCACCUGCGGGGCCACAUCAGCGAGCUCAAGGCCGAGAUCCGGCUGCUGCGGGGGCCGCUGUCCUUUGGCGCGGUGGCCUUGGGGACACGCCUGGGGGACGAGGACUCGCUGGGCUCGUCGGAUGAGGAGCUGCCACCGCCCUUCGCCCUGACCCCGGGGGACAUCGGGGACAUCGGGGACAGCAGUGACAGCGAGCCUGAGGUGACACCCCCAGCACAGUGACCCCAGGGGACACCGGGGACUGCCCGAGGUGGCACCAACAGCGCCGUGACCCACAAGGGACACCGGGGACAUCGGGGACAGCCGGAGGGGCCACCCCCAGCACAGUGACCUGUGGGGACAUUGGGGACUGCCUGAGGUGGCACCAACAGCACCGUGACCCGUGAGGACAUUUGGGGACAUCGGGAACAGGCCGGGGCCACCCCAGGGACCCUCGGGGACAUCGUGGGGAGCUGCCAGGCCCAGCCCAGGGACACCGGGGGACAAUGGCACACCUGUGGCACAUCCCAGGUCCCUGUGGCACUUUGGGGACACCUGUGACAAGCAGGGGACAUUGAGGGGCUCUGAGGGGACACUGAGGGACAGCGAGAUCCCGGGAUGUGGAUCCCAGAGCCGGCGCCCUCCUGGCAGCUGCGGGACCCCCGAGGACGGGAGCGGUUUGCCCUGGACCCCCCGGAUGGAUCCCGGAUCCCAAAGGGAUCCCAAACCCCUCUGG